AUGCGCAACUGCACACACUCCAGAGCGCGCCGACUGCGCCUACCGAGCGCCGCGCCACGACAGCGUCCAUGCCAGCAGCCGGGCAUCCUCCACCCUCGGCGCCCGCGGCCCCGCCCCGCUCACGUGCACGCGACCCUUCAGCUGCCCACCUGGCAGGGCAUCCCGGGGCUGGGGAUUCUCUUUUUUCGGGCUACCUCUCUUCUCUCCACAGUGUCAAGCGGGCUCUCGGGCAACCGUGCACUGGUGGCCCUGGGAGCUCAGGGGCCAGGAAUCCUCAUGCAGAACCAGCUUGCGGCGGCGGCAGCGGCGGCCAACCAGCUGCCGGUGUCGUCCCCUCUGCCCAGCCUGGGCUCUCUCAACCCGCAGGAGCUUCAGGCUUUGCAACAAACUCUGUCCCAGCAACAACAGCAGAUUCAGCAACAGCUUCAGCAGUUUAUGCUGUUCUCCCAGUCAGGUGCAGCCUCUCAGUUGCCUCCUCAGGCUCAGGCUGUUCCUCAGAGCCAGCAGCUGCAGUAUUUACAAAACCUCCUGCAGCAGGGUCUUUUGGCCUCUCCCGGUCUGGCGGGGCUGCAGGGCCUCCAGCCCCCCGUCUCGCAGGCGCCCUCCCAGACCGCGCAAGUGCGCAACGUGCAGCAUGCCGUGGCCCAGGCUGCCCAGCAGUUGCAGCAGCUGCAGAAGGCCCACCAACAACACCAGCAGCAGCAGCACCAGCAGCAGCCCCCCCAGCAGCAGCAUGUCCCCCGCGACGUCCGCGACCUGCGUGAUUUGCGAGAUAUCCGGGACAUGCGGGACCUGCGGGACCUGCGGGAGCUCCGCGAAAUGCGUGAGCCCCCUCUUCGGCCCCCGCCCCUGGAGCCCCCCCACGUCUCAGGCUCCCCCAUGGCGCCCCACCUCACCCCGCACGGCCACAUGCCACGCCCCCCUGUCUUACCUCACUCCCCGCCUCCCCCGCGCCACUGGGAGCCGCCCCCGGAGGAGCCCACGGACCUCGAGGAGCUGGAGCAGUUCGCCAAGACGUUCAAGCAGCGGCGCAUCAAGCUGGGCUUCACACAGGGCGACGUGGGUCUGGCCAUGGGCAAGCUCUACGGCAACGACUUCUCGCAAACCACCAUCAGUCGCUUCGAGGCCCUCAACCUCUCCUUCAAGAACAUGUGCAAGCUGAAGCCGCUGCUGCAGAAGUGGCUGGAGGACGCGGACAAGACGGUGACGGACCCCACCACGCUGAGCAACCCCCUCACCUCGCCCGACAACGUGGGCCGCCGUCGGAAGAAGAGGACCUCGAUCGAGACGAGCGUGAGAGUGGCGCUCGAGCGGGCUUUCCUCCAGAACCCCAAGCCGACCUCGGAGGAAAUUGCCAUGCUGGCUGACAACCUCUCGAUGGAGAAGGAGGUUGUCAGGGUCUGGUUCUGUAACAGACGCCAGAAAGAGAAGCGAAUAAACCCUCCCACGAGCGGCAUGGUGAGCCCGCCGCUGAGUCUCAGCAACACCUCGGUGUUCAGCACUGUCCCCAUCUCCUCUGCCCUCACCCUCACCAGCCUGGGGCAGCCCCCGCUCUCCCCCGUGGGCCCCUUGCCGUCUCCCUUGUCUCUGGUCACUCACAGCUACCCUCCAGCAUCGCCACCAGAGUCUGCUUCCACAAAGUCAGAGUAGGUGGGUGCCCGGGCUCCUUGCGAGGCUACGAGGCCUCCCAGGGCAGCCCCCUGGCACCUGCUCUCCCCUGCCACGCCCCGCCCCUCUCGUGCAAUGCUUCACCCCUUGGGAGGCGGGGACCUGUGGCUCUACGGGGCACCCCAGGAGUAGCACCAGGAAAGCAACAUUGCCGCCCUCCCUCGCGGGGGACCAGCGCCACGAGGACGCUGCGUCGAGAAACGGAAUUUUGAGCUCCAGGAGGCGGAUCCUGUGUCAUUGUUGUUAGUGUGUCUGUGUGACGGUGGUAGCCUGGCUGCCUCGGAUCACACGGUCUUGCAAGCCUCACCUAGCCAUGGCUGCCAGCAACAGGCGUGAUCAUAUCAGUGUGGCGAGGAGGCGUCUCGGCGGACCGCGCGGAACACGGACAUUGCGCCGCCACGCCCACGUGUCACUCGGUCGCAGAAACGGGCAGAGCCUGGACAUUGCCCCGCAGGGCGCCCGCCGUUACGGCAAGUGUAGUGCGAGAACUGACUCGAGGAGGACAGUGCGUAGGCGCCAGGGUGCUGCGGGCUCUCGGAGGCGCGAGUGCAUUGCGUGAGGCGGCAGCGUGGCGCGCGGUCGGGCCAGGGCGCUCCCCACGCAGAACCUAACCCUCGGGCGGCGGCGAGGUGCCCCACUCUCGCUCUGUCUCGCUCUUAAGGUCUUAAUCUGUCAGCUGUGUCGUUAACAAAGUCUAACUAUGUCAAGAAAACGAGGAAAAAGAGAUUCUAUUACUUUUGAAGCGAAGCUCCGGACGGCAAGACAGUGGGGGGCCAGCCGUGGCCGCGAACGUGAAUCUUGGCAGUAGUUUGUAAGAGGACGGGGUACACCGGGAAAGUGUUUUUAUGUGUAGUGGUUAGAUAGAUGAAUGAUUUCUGUAUUAUCAUUGGAAUACUGUCUAUGUGGCUUAUUUUAUCUAUGAGUACUAGUGUAACAUUCUAGUAAUGUCUACUUAAACAAUCUUGCCUAAUUCGAAAUGAAAGUUCCUGCAUAUAAAAUGAAGUACGUAACUUUUAAGAUACCUCAGCCAAACAGUGGUGUUUGUGGGGCGGUCGGGCGCGGUGGGGCUGGCCGAUUCCUAGCUGCAUUUUUACUGUUGUAGCCUCAAAGCGCGAGGUCCCAGCGCCGCCACGCCCGCCCGCGCCCGCGUGUGUUCUCUACUCCAACGUUGUGAUUGUGUAGUCAUGGAGUAUACUUCCCGUGGAUCCAUUAUGUUAGAUUCUUAAGGGCUUAGUGUAUCAGCAUCGCCCCCGCCCACCCCCCUCAGAUCCCAGUC